UGCUGCUGCUGCUGGUUGAUCCUGUCGCUCGUGUGGUGUUAUCCGCAAUGGUGCUUCUUGCGCUUGCAGCAGCAACGCCCUGCCUCUGCUCUUUGCCGGCGACCCACAACCUCGUUCCUACUCCCCGGGAUGACCAUGGACGCUUGGUACUGUUGCUGCUGCCACUACGCUCGUGCUGGACGCCGUAAACGGCCUCAAGGCUCCACCUGACCUUUCUGCUCGCCUGGCGGUUGUCGCAAGGGCAGGCGCUGGUGGUGCUGCCUCUGGUGCAGGUACUUGAACGACGUGGCCACAUUCCCGGAACUUCUGCAACGAAGGAUCUCGCCACCUGAGCAAGGAAAAAGGCCGUCGCCAGCUGCAACAGCAUCCGUACCUCGCCGAAGUAGCCGGGGACGACGACGCUGCUGCUGCCGCCGUGGGCGCCACGGCCGCGCCUGUUUUGUUUCAUGAUCACAGCUGCUUUUCAAAUUGAAACUUUUCACCUUCUCAAUUGCUACAGCAGGAUUGCAGAAGGCUCUGUUCUCAUGUCGCAGCUUUAUCCGCGCACAAGUCGUUCAUUCAGGGUGAUCUACGCUUCAAGAGAAGAAGAUCACGAGAGAGACACACACGCCACCCGGCACAGCCCUGCGCAGUGCUCACGGCACCAAGCAAGUGACUAGACUGUAAAAACAAAAAAAAAUGGGGCUCCGCGAAAUCAAAGCGCGGCACGCGCAGCUACACGGCGCGCGCGCUGUGAGGGGCGCCGAUCCACACCGCACGCACCCUUAUAAAGCAGGGUGUCGCGAACAAAAAGCAUGCCUCAAAGGACUUCGACAACGAACCCGUCAUCACUGGAGGUGCUGGUGGAGGGCGGCGCCUCCAAGACGGAGAAUGAAGAAGUAAUCCCCCAGGCAAGUGAUUCCACCGCCCAUUUGAAGCGAUGUCGUUCUCCCCUGUCGCGAACUAACGUUGUUGAUUUCCCGUUGGCCAUGCGCAAGUGUAGGUUGACCCGAGGUGUCAGCAUGAAUCGUUAGCACUAGACAUCCCUCUCCGUUUGUACGCACAAGAACUCGAGCAUUCGUACGUAUCACUCCUCCCAGUACGUAUCUUCUCUAAAUCAUUUACGUUUAGUUUACAACAGCAGUGUGGUGGGCCAGUCUACUGCUGUAUCGUUGGAAACUCAAACUUGUCAUGAGGUGUGCUUCCAGCACGUUCCAUUGCCAAUUAUCAAGAACGAUAGACUAGGUUGACAUACCUCGUUCAUGUUUUUAAUCAACGCCAGCGGAAGAAAGGACCGCUGUUUCGCACCAGCGUUCCAGAGCACCAAGUUGUUUUUGCUACUUGAGACAACACCCCCCACACACACCACGUUGAUAACCUGUUUAGUAUGUAAUUGUCACCUCCGGAUGUGUUUUUGAUGUGGGUGGUAUUUUUUUGCAGCCCUUAUUGCUUGAUGCAAGUCUAGAAUUGUGUUGUGGGGUCAUGUUGACCCUUCAAAUCAUCACCACUAGGUGUGGUGUUGUGUUGAGGGCAGUGUUGUAAUACUUAUGUGGGUGUGUUGUCUUGUGUCAUACUUCGUACAUACGAUUUCGACAACCACAAGCGGCGAAACUGUCGCGCAAUGACUACCAUGGUGCAAUGAAGAUUUAGCAACACACCUGCCGGAAAUAGAACCAUUGUGUACAUAUAUUGACAAAUCUGAUCACCUGUCCACGCUGUCGUCGCUCGAAGCCGCCACCGGAGAGCGCUCCGAUCCGGAGCGUUGAGCAAGAAAAUGGACAACAAUCGCCGCUCUUCUGUGGUGCUGUCUCAGCUGUCUACUACGAGGAGACCGAGUGUACUCUGGAUAUCGUUGGCUGCACAGGCCUUGACUUCCCCACUGUCCCGCGAGCUUGAAGAUUUAGGAACAACACUGCUGUGGUUGCUGCGCCUACUUGAAUAGUAUGAACUAUUUCGACCUGCACAUAACAUACACGCGGCACCUGUUUGCUCGAAAACGAAUGCAUGGCACCGCCAGGCCCACGCGUAUCAUUCAUGUCGUCGAU